CGCCGGGCCUGAGCCGGCGGGUCGGCACCAGCUGCGGGGCCCGGCCCGGCCCGCCCGCCGGCGGACACCAUGUUCUCCCUCAAGCCGCCCAAACCUACCUUCAAGUCGUACCUUCUGCCUCAGGCUGAAGAGAACAUAGCGUCAGAACCAAGGAUUAAAAAGCUGGAACCAGUGCUUUUGCCAGGUGAAAUUGUGGUAAAUGAAGUGAAUUUUGUAAGAAAGUGCAUUGCAACAGACACGAGCCAGUAUGACCUGUGGGGCAAGUUGGUUUGCACCAACUUCAAGAUUUCCUUCAUCACGGAUGACCCAAUGCCACUGCAGAAGUUCCAUUUUAAAAACCUCCUGCUCGGGGAACACGAUGUCCCGCUCACGUGCAUUGAGCAGAUUGUCACAGUGAAUGACACCAAGAGGAAGCAGAAGGUCCUGGGUCCCAACCAAAAACUUAAAUUUAAUCCAACGGAAUUAAUAAUUUAUUGCAAAGACUUCCGGAUUGUCAGAUUUCGUUUUGAUGAGGCAGGUCCCGAAAGUGCAAAAAAGGUGUGCCUUGCAAUAGCUCAUUAUUCUCAGCCAACAGAUCUUCAGCUUCUCUUUGCAUUUGAGUAUGUUGGGGAAAUGUAUCAUAAUCUAGCAAAGGUGAAUGGCAUAGACCCAGGAGGUGGUGGCGGUGGCAUCGGCAGUGCCAGUGCUCAGCAGACACCUUUGUUUGAAACCUACUCUGACUGGGACAGAGAAAUCAAAAGGACUGGUGCAUCUGAGUGGAGAGUGUGUUCAGUCAACGAGGGGUAUAUGAUUUCUACUUGCCUUCCAGAAUAUUUUGUGGUUCCAUCUUCCUUAGCAGAUCAAGACCUUAAGCUAUACUCCUACUCUUUCAUUGGGAGGCGAAUGCCAUUAUGGUCCUGGAAUCACCCUAACGGGAGUGCCCUUGUAAGAAUGGCCAACAUUAAAGAUGUAUUGCAGCAACGAAGGAUUGAUCAAAGGAUUUGUAAUGCAAUAACUCGGAGCCAUCCCCUGAGAAGUGAUGUUUACAAAUCUGACCUGGACAAGUGUCUCCCGAACAUCCAGGAAAUCCAGGCUGCACACAUCAAACUCAAACAGCUCUGUGUCAAUGAGCCUUUUGAAGAAACCGAGGAGAAGUGGCUGUCCUCACUGGAGAAUACUCACUGGUUAGAGUACAUUAGAUCAUUUCUUAGGCAUUCUGCAGAGCUUGUCUAUAUGAUGGAGUGCAAGCACGUCUCUGUAGUUCUGCAAGAGGAAGAGGGACGGGACCUGAGCUGUGUUGCUGCUUCUCUCAUCCAAGUCAUGCUGGAUCCCUAUUUUCGAACAAUUGUUGGAUUUCAAAGCUUAAUACAGAAGGAAUGGGUCAUGGCAGGAUAUCAGUUUUUAGAUAGGUGCAACCACUUAAAGAGAUCUGACAAAGAGUCUCCUUUGUUCCUGAUGUUUCUUGACUGCGUGUGGCAGCUGCUGGAGCAGUACCCAGCAGCCUUCGAGUUCUCCGAGGUGUACCUGACCCUGCUGCACGACAGCGCCCGCAUCUCGCUCUUCGGCACCUUCCUCUUCAACUGCCCCCACCAGCGCGUGAAGGAGAGCACUGAAUUCGCUAUAAGCAAAAACAUUCAGCUGGGUGGUGAGAAAGGCCUCAGAUUCCCUUGUGUUUGGGACUGGUCUCUUCAGUUCUCCAGCCGGGACCGCCUGCUGUUCCACAACCCGCUGUACGUGGGGAAGAGCGCGCCGUGUGUGCACAACGGGGCCAUGAAAUCCUUCAAACGCUCCAAGAAAAACUACAGCUCCACAUUGCGAGGUGCUCCCCCAGCAUUAAAGAACGGGAUCAUCGGGGAGCAGGAGUUCCUUCCAAGGAGAAACUCUCUGAUACUAAAACUGAAGCCAGACCUUUUCCAGCCAGCAGAGAGCCCAAGCCACAGCAGGGAGCAGUUCUUCAGGGACUGGUUUGCAAAGCCUGUGGACCUGCACGGCCUGAUCCUGCCCCACCUCUCUGCAACACAAAUCAAACUGUGGAAACUGUGCUACUUCCGCUGGGUUCCCGAGGCCCAGAUCAGCCAGGGUGGCUCCGUCACCGCCUUCCACAGGGUGUCUGUGCUGGCGGAUGAAGUGGACAUGUUGAACCGGAACCUUCGGCACUACAAAAGCAACUCUUCCUUGCAAGGCCACUGCACAGAACUGGAUCAAAGCAGAAUGUACUUCAGAGCCAGUGGUUUCAAUGACACCUCGGGUGCCCCAGACUUUCUCUCCUCCUCAUUCCCCUUUUCUCCUGUAGGGAACCUCUGCAGACGGAGCAUUUUGGGAACACCGUUAAGCAAAUUUUUAAGUGGUGCCAAAAUCUGGCUGUCCACUGAGACGCUGGCAAAUGAAGACUGAGGUGGUGAGAUUUAAAGGUUUGGGGAGAAUACAGCAUAUCAUUUUGUCUUUUCUAAGUUAACACUGCUAAAUGCGGCAUUGAAAGCUGUAAUAAUUUUUAUAUACAAACCUUACGUAAGUUUUGCACAAAUAUUUAAAAGCAAGGCAAGUCAUGCUUCAAAUCGCACAAUUUUGUCUUCAGGAGUUCUCGUCUGCUGGGGCUUCUGGUCCCUAACUCCCCCUGUCCUUUGGGGUUUGGCUCAUUACAUGCGACGGAGAGCUUCAUUAGCUAAUUGAGAGGCUUGGUGUGGUCAUUAAUGUGGGUUCUGCUUGAAAUAUCCUUUUUUCCCAGACAGUGACUGACAUGACCCUUUGAUAAAACAGCUUGGAAAGCCAAAGCAGUGCAGUGGACAUGAAAUGUCAGCUGAAAUCUGGGAACAUACUAUUUUGUCAGACAGCCUCUUCAGGAAGAAUACUUUCAUGCAUAGAUACAACACACUGAUGUUCUGUGACUUAUCACCCUACACAUCUGCUAAUGCAGUGUGUAUCCAUUAAAGGGGUUGUUCCUUUUUCUUUCUCUCCACAAAAUGUGUUCGUGAACAAUUAGUCGGAUUUGUGCUCUUUGUCAUGAGCUUGACUUCAGACUGUAGAAAUCCAGGUCAGGACAAUGCACUGUUAACCUUAAAACAUUUUACUGUAGAUAUGGUAUUGUAGUAGCUUUAGAAGUGCCUUUAAUUGGGAGGACACAGUAGCAAGAUUACUCUAAUGCAGCUGACAGCCCCCAACUUUUCACAAUAGAUUGUUGUGGCAAGUUCUUGUUCCAUCUCCUGCCUCCCCCUCUCAAUUUCUGGAAACAACGGGCGUCCAGAUGAGAUUCUCACUUUUUAUAUAGGCAUCUCAAAUCCUCUGCAUUAUAUCCCUGCCCAGAUUCUCAUCCCUGCCAACCAUCUCAUUUUUUUGUAGGAUAAAGUAGCUUUCAGCAGAACUCCCCCCUGAGCCAAGCUGGGCUCCAGAAAGGAGGGCUCAGUCGGUGUUGGGAGCCCCACGAGGGGUGGUGGUGCUGCAGUCACUGUGGGCAGGGGCUGGAAGAGCAGGAAGUGGUGCCUUCUUUUUGCAUUUGUGCACAGCCACACGGGCAGUGCAGUGGACAAGGACUGCUUGAGGGAUUUAAAUCCAACAGCUUCCCUCUGCUUAAUGCACCAUCCUACUUGCUGUGCUAAAACCUUUUAAAUGAUACCUCUCCCUGGAUGCUGUGCCAGAAAAGGACUCAAGUUUCCCAGGGAGAAAGGCAGGAGUGUAAAGAAUAUUGGGAGGGUGGAGGAAUAGUGAUGGUCAUUGUCAGAGGUUGAGGCUUCUGUCAUCUGCCUUCCCAGCGAGGCUGUAUUUCACAGUAAACCAUAUCUGUGUAAAACACAAAUGCUGUUGAACUCACACUGAGCCCCUGCUCGCAAGUGAAAGCACCAAAGGCCUUACAUGAUGGACUAAAAGCUGUUCUCAGUUUUUGUGGGGAAAGAAGAAAGCUGCAUGAUGGUAAUAGACAGUAUAGUAGAGCUUAAAAAAGGUGGAGAGGGACAGGAUUUGGAGACCUUUUUUUGUUUGUCUGACUGAACUGGUCUUCAGCACAGCCUGAGUCACUGAGCACAGGUGGGAUGUCUGAGGUCGCUCAAGGAUUUGUUUCAGAGAACUUGCAUCUGGAGUGGCCUUGCAGGUGCUUUGUGCUGGAAGAGCCCAGCACACACAGCACCGAGUGUCCCAGGCUGUUCCCGCGCUCCAGGGCUGUGCUGGCACUGCUGGGGCUGCAGAGGGAUGGGCAGGGCCAUGGCCAGGGUGAGCUGUGUGGGGUGGGUUCCUUUGGGAACUCCCAACCCCAUGUUUGUGAAAGCUCUGUGUGCACACACAGCCAUGUCUGCACGUGGGCACAGGGCUGUUGGCAGACAAAGCCAGAUCCUUCUGGUCAACUGUUUGUGAGGAAAAAACGUGUAUUCACCUCAAUUGCCUAAUUCUGCUGCAAGAUGGGCUGAACAUGUUACAUGGUCCACAAACCAGUUGAGUUUAUUUCCAAGCUUGCUGGAGCAGUCAUCUCACUGGGUCAGUUCAUUAUUCAAACAUUUGGUUUAGUUUGCUUUUGUGAUUUCCUUUUUCCCAUUAGCUUACUGCUUUCCCUGGCCUGAUACUUGACAUAACAGACCUCAACCUGUGUGUUUAGUGUCUUUUGGUACCAAUUUUUUUUCUUUUAAAAUGACAGUUGACUAUAUAUAUUUUUUUGUCUUUAAAAGUAUAACUUCUUUGGUUUAAAGGUACCAAAAAUGUGUAAAUAAAUACCCCACAAAAGCAGCUGGUGGAAUUAAAAAAAAAAGUUAAGG